AUGUUGGAGCUUGUCGAAAGUACUCGAGAUAGUGAGAGUCCUAUAUCCGAAGACGAUACUUUCCAUAAUAUCUUGGGCUACAAAUCAGGGUACUGCAAUGGACUUGGACAUGGUCAAUCCUCCCCGAAGAAAAGAACUUGCCAGGAGCAAAAUUUUGCUGAACUAAUGAGGGAAAAAAACAUAUUGCAAGAGCGGUGUGCAAAUCUGGAGGAGAAAGUGAUUGAGAUGAAUGAAAGGCAAGUUUUGGCUGAUCAGAAACAAGCACUGACUGAUGAGAAAUUAGAUACGACUCAACAACAACUAGCAAGGCUUGAUAAGUUGGUUGAGUACCUUAAGGAGGGCAACAUCCUACCCGGCAUUAACAUCUGGUAA